AUGGUGCAGAAGAUUGGUUCAAGAAAAAAUAUGGACCCAACGGUAAAAAUCAACGAAACAGUGUCAAAGCAAUUGUCGAUAUCCAUCGGUCGGCAGCAGCGAAAGCGAUACACGGGUGUACGCCAGAGCCCGUCGGGCCGGUGGGUGGCGGAGAUCAAAGGCACCGCGCAAAAAAUUCGCCUUUGGCUGGGCACCUUCGAUACAGCAGAGGCCGCCGCCCAUGCCUAUGAUGAGGCCGCUUGCCUCCUCCGCGGCGCCAACACCCGCACCAACUUCUGGCCGCGCAACCAAGGUGGAUUUGGCAGUUCAAACACUGGCUCAUCAUCAGUUCUCUCAACUAAGGUCCUGAACCAGCUCCUCGAACGCUUGGAGGAACAACGGGCUUCCAAGAGUUCACGGCACUGUUUAUCGUCUGUGCCGUCAAAGUCGCCGUUGUUUCCUCCUCCUCCGCCUUCGCCGCCGCCACAACAUCAGCAACAACAUCAUAAACAUAACCAAGAAUUAGAACUCAUUAAGAGAAUGGCUUAUGGUGAUCUAUUUAGUGAAGUUGGGACCUCAAGUGCUGCUACUACUCAUGAUGAGAUCAUGAAAGGCAAAGUGCAGAGGGGUGGGAAUUUGGUGGACAUGGAUCUUAGAUUGGAGGAUUUUUCGUGCUUUUUUGCGCCAUUGGAGAUUGAAGGAAGGGAAAAGGUGGAAAUAGGGAUUUAUGAGUACUGGUCAAAGCUUUCUGCUGCUGCAAAUGGAGUAUGA